AUCCGCCGCAUAGUAGUUCAGUUGAGUGGAGACCAUGGCGGAGGUAUUUAAGAUAGGUGAUUUAGUGUGGGCAAAAAUGAAAGGAUUUUCCCCUUGGCCAGGCCGGGUCUCAAACCCAACCAAAGAUUUGAAAAGGCCCUCUGCCAAGAAGCAUGCAUUGCAUUGCAUAUUCUUCUUUGGCACAAAUAAUUAUGCCUGGAUUGAAGAAAGUCAGAUAAAGCCAUAUUUUGAAUUCAAAGAUCAGCUUAUCAAAUCAAAUAAAUCAGGAGCAUUCAAAGAUGCACUUCAGGCAAUUGAAGAUUUUAUAAAAAGCAGUGGAGAUAAAUUUAAUGAUAUGAUUGAUCCUAUGGACCCUGAUGCAGAAUUCAACAGAUUACGAGAAUCUGUUACAGACAAGAAGGAAACAAAAUCAAAAAGCAAAAAGGAACAUGGUGGCAGCAAAAUAGUAAAGCGCACCGCAUCAGAAGGCAGUGGAAUUUCAGUGCCUUCUGCGAAGAAGAUACGCAGUAACUCUCUAGAUGAAAGAGAGCAGCACCGAAUACUGAAUGACGUGUCACCCAUCCUCACCAACGACACUGGAAUUGGAAGUCCAAGGAAAGGAGCUGCCUGCAAUUUAUUGGACAGACCAGCCAACAUCAGCAGACCUAUCACGCCUCCUCUGGAUGUAGAAAGUGUUUCACAAACACUGAAACAGAAAAACAUACUUCCCUCGGCACUCAAAUUUGGGUUUCUUGGUCUUGGGAUAAUGGGAUCAGGCAUCGUGAAGAACCUCCUUAACUCAGGCCACUCCGUCAUUGUUUGGAACAGGUCGCCUGACAAGUGUCGAGACUUUGUGAAGGCAGGAGCUGAGCAAGGGCAAACACCCUCGGAUGUUAUCCUUGCUGCCGACAUUACUUUCUCGUGUGUUGCAGACCCUCAAGCUGCCAAAGAUAUGGUUUUUGGCAACUGUGGCGUUCUGCUCGAGAUAUCACCUGCAAAAGGCUAUGUUGAAAUGACUGGAAUUGAUGCAGAAACUUCUCAAGACAUUGCUGAGGCCAUCAAUGCAAAAGGUGGACGCUACCUUGAAGCACAAGUGCAGGGCAGUAAAACGCAAGCAGAAGAAGGAACCCUGGUGAUCCUCGCAGCAGGCGAUCGGUCACUCUUUGACGAUUGCCAGUCUUGUUUCAAAGCAAUGGGCAAGAACUCUUUUUACCUUGGAGAAGUUGGAAAUGCAUCCAAAAUGAAUCUCGUGCUGCAGCUGAUGGCAGGAGUGACUCUUGCUGGACUUGCUGAAGGUAUGGCAUUGGCAGAUAGGGCUGGUCUUCAGCAGAAGGAUGUCCUUGAAGUGUUGGAACUUACAUCAUUAGCAUGCCCCACCAUCCUUGAAAAGGGAAAAGCCAUCAUUGAAGGUGGAUUUCCAACGCAUCUGCCCCUGCAGCAUAUGCAAAAGGACCUGAAAUUAUCUCUGUACAUGGGAGACCAGUUGGAGCAGCCAUUGCCUCUGACAGCAUCAACCAAUGAAUUGUUCAAGCAUGCGAAGAGACUCGGCUAUGGAGAACAUGAUGCUUCGGCAGUUUACAUCCGUGCACGCUUCUGAAUGUUGCCCAUAGUAUUUUACAUGUGACGUACAAACCUUCUGAAUAUGCGACAUACAUCAUUGUUUUGAAUUCUGACCAGAUUACUCCAUGUAUUAGUGCCUCAUUUACAGAUAGAGCUACUAUGCAAUACUUUUGUUGUGUGUUUGCAAGAGACUGAAAUCUUGCAACUUUUAAGUACAACAAUUUACUGUCUUUGCAAUGUUAGAUUCCCUUAAAAUGAAGUUUCCAUGGCAGUGAAAAUUAAGAUUAUUGCCUUCAAGUAUGUGAUGUAGGUAGGUAUCAGUAUUUCAGAGGAACCUGCUGUCUGCGUCUUCAGUGUAGAGGCAUUCCUCUGAACUGUACCUGUUGAUGGAACUAUAUGGCAUCAGAUACUUGAAGCAGUUGUCUUUAUUCCUCUCACAUUUUUCACUUGUUAAAUUAUUUUCAGAAGAUUUUUGUUAGAAAGUUUGUGAGCAAUGGUUAUAGCUGUAAGAAAAAGAUUGUGAAUUAAUUAAAUUAAGGGACUACUGAAGUGAGUGGUGUAUGAAUAGUUCUCUACAAUUCAACAUAUUUUGGAUUAACUGGAGGGAAUUUUAAACAUUGAUGCUACAGCACUUAUGGUCUCAAGGAUGUGUACAAUAUGUACAACAUAAAGAGUGAACAAGAAUAUGCAUUAAGUGCAUAUUUUAAAUGUGUACCAAAUGAACAUAGAAUUGGGUUUCUCUUUCACAUAUAAUAUAGGAUUGACAACUCUCUGUCAUUAGGAAGCUGUCAGUUUUUAAGAAUUGAAAGAUAAUUUGUUACUACAGGGGAAAUAACAUUUGUAAUAUGUUUUUCUUUCUUAUGUUUGCCUUCAAACAACACACAAUCAGGACAGCACCAUCUGAAAUGGUUUUUUAGCUCAUUUUGAAUUUUAUUUUUUCCCAUUUUGUAUGACAAUAUUUUUGUUCUCCUGCUUCUCUGUAAUCUGAAGAGACGCUCAGUUCUAAAUGUUCUAACCAUGGAAGAUUUUAUGCAGCACCCCUAGGAGGAGGUGGUGAUGUAACCACUUGGGGACCAUAAUAAUUUCUGUGUCCUCCUGCUGUGUAUAUUUCAUUUUGAUCUGAUAAUGAUUACUCAUGUACACAAGGUGACAAGCAAACCUUUCUUAAAAGGGCCUGGCAGUGGUGUAUUAUUACUCUUAGGUUUGCUGGAUUUCUGGACUUUAUCCAUCAUGUAGUAUUCCAAACAAAACACUGUUUGUCUUCAGAUGGGAAGGAGCAGAAAUGCUUGCUCAUUUGGGUCUGUUAGAAGGAGCUGAUUGGAGCUGGGUCUAGUGAUUGAUUUUAUUUAAUUUUUUUAUCCACUGAUCGAGAUAACUCUUUUUCUAAUGGACCCAACAGAAUAAGCAGCUCCCCCCCCCAUUUCUCACCAAGGGGCAGAAACAGAUCCAGUUUGGUUUGGUUGAGUUCUGUCCGGAAUGCUAGAUAAUGAGCUCAGAAACCUAGAAAUCCUAGGGAAGCCUAGCUGGAAGUGGUCCAGUUCACUGCUGUCCAUUAUCCAAGCCAUGACUAAUCAUGUCUCGUAUCAUCUAGGAAAAUGGUUGCAUCACUCAGUUUAAUGCUUUUAUUUAAUUUUUGAUAUAAUCUGAAUAAACUUUUAACGCUUUUAAAUUUCUAGGCAACUGGAAGAUUACUGGGCACUUGCAAAGUGUAUGUGUGAUUAGUUAGGAAGUUACUAGUCUUAAGCAUGGCAGUAUAGAUAUUACAUAAUAUGUUUACCUUCCAUUAUUUUGAUAGGAAUAUUUUGGGUAUAGCAGUAUGGUACUCUUCUAUUGAGGCUUGUACGUUGAAAGAUCUAAUACCUCUUCAUGCUAUUACGCUGAAUUGUAAUCAACUAUAAAUAAAAAUGUGAAAUUCAGUAAUCUUGAAAUUGUGUUUUAAUGAAUUGUUAACUGUCAGAUUUAAUUUGUGUUUUUAAUGAAGGCCUAUCAUGGUCAGUUCUUUUUACUCUCAACUUUGUCCAUUGUCUUAGGUUUUAUAUUAAGAUUGUUUCAGAAGCUGCUUGUUUCUCUUUCAGGCAGAGGGAAGGGAAUGCAUAAUAAGAUAUCGGUCACUGGACCACUGAAACACUCUGGUGUACAGUUUGGUUUUUGGACCUUGUUCUUGUCUUGUUAUAGUAAAAAUAUGUUGAGUCACUACAUGGAGUGUCUGUAGUGUUGUUUAAAUGGUUACCGUGGUAAUGCUUAAGACCAACCGCAAAAUUCUAUCUCUCUUGUUUUCUUCAAGGAUCUCGUGUUCUACAGAAUUUUGUAAUCAGUAUGUGUAGUGCAGGAAUACAACUCAGGUGUCAGUUUUUAGGUGUUCUUUGUGAAACGGAAGCAAAGAAUAUCUUACGUGGAGGUCUUGUCUCUCCGUCCAGUUAACCUUGUGUCAGGGCCUAACUGUUGGCUUCCCCCCCAUAAUUUGGUACAAGAAUUGUUCUAAAUAUUUUUGGUCAGUUUUCAGCUAUAGAAAGCGUAGUGUUCAUAAGAGAACGUUUGCGUGUAUGUCAUAAAAAGUUGUCUAACGUUAAUCAUCCAUUUUAAUUCUUAGCCAUAUUAUCAAAUUACAAAGUCUACUUUUCAUAAAUGGGCUUUUCCCAUGUAUCCCAUAAACUUUCUGUGGAUUAUGUUGUGAUCUGAUAUUUAUGCAUUACUGUGCUGUUGACAUUGAAAUUCACUCAUUUUAUCUGGUAUGUUUUGUAUUUUGUGGAAUUGUCAUUCAUAAACUGGCCACAUGUAGGUUAAGUUUAAUCAAACACAAAGAAUUUUUGUAUACUACAUGUUGGAUUGCACACCUUUGCCGGUCUCAUUAUGCAGGUCAUCAUCUUGCUAAAUUGUGACAUAACAAAUGAGUUAAUGUCUGUUGUCAUUUGCUUAAAAUGGCAUCCUUUUACAUCUUCUCUUGAUGCUUUGAUUUAUUUUUGGGGAGGGGGGGGAUCAAUGGUGGACAGAUUCAAUUUUCCUUACUUAUGAGUAUUAUUCUCAAGUGAUCCUGUCUGUUGUAAUAAGUUUAGAAGUUGGAUAAAUUGAACUAGUUUCAUUAGUUUUAUAAUGUUUGUGUGAUAAUUUUCUUACUUCUGUUACAAACUAUUUGACAUUUGCAGGUAUACAUGACUGGAUUUUGUAUGUGUAUAACUGGGACCCAGCAAACUUAUUUGUCUGCUUGUCCAUCAUAAGUGAAAAACGAAGGCCAUCAAAUGUGAAAGAAAUCAAAUUUAUUUGUUUACUUUAUCUCUUAUAUCCCUCCCUCUCUGUCUCUGUCUGUCUGUCUUUCUUUUCCCUUCCCAAUGACAUCAGCAGGUGAUACCUUGUGUAUAUUACAUAAUUAAUAUAAAGGACAGUAUUUUAUGUCUUGUAUGUUAUGUGGUUGUAAGCAUUGUGGAGUAAUUAAAUCUGGGUGGGUACAUGUACCUAGUUUCAUGGAAAAAUGUCGGAGAAGUCAAAUUCUUGUUCGUUCAGUGAAGUGAGCGAACAUUUGGUGACCUCUACAUAAAAAACAGAUUGAAACUAUGCUAAUGCAUUAGUUAGUAGCAGUUGUAUUUUCUUCUAGCUCAGGUAUCAUUUGAAAACUGGGAAACUAACUAAAAUGGUGUCCUUGAAGCAGAGUCAUUCUUGAGAAGCAAAUUUAAGUGAUGAUAUAUGUUAAGUCAGAUGUAUACAUUGCAGGAGGAAUUACAGAACCAUGGCUUCUAUGUGGCUAACUCCAUUUGAUGGUACAUUUAAGUUAUUUUAUUGCAUAUCAUAUUUACAAUAAUUGUAAUACAUUUCUUUGUGUGGGCUCAUAUAAUUAGCAUGAUCUUGAAGUAAACCAGAAAAUAUAAUUUUUAGUACUACUUAUGUUUCGGAGAGAAGUUCUACAUCCAGACACUGGGUUACAGCAUAAGUUGGUAUACCGAUAUAAAAUUCCAUGUUGAGUCUGAGAAGGUCUAUAAUGCAAAGGACACAUGCUGCCUCAAAGAAGAAUGUGAACUGUUUAUCAUCUCUGUCUACUGCAGGAUGUGCUUGGUGUAGAGAAGGAUUGAUUGCCUUUAGUAAUGAAAAGGUUCCAAGCAGUGCAAGUGUGAAGGCUAGACCUGUCUGUAUUAUUUGUUCCAUCAUGUGUACAAACUUAGAGAAAAGUUUGGAAAUUCGGUUAGUGUUUAUUAAACUUUUUUGCGUAAUUGUCGUUUA